AUGGUCGGCUCUCCCAACGAAGUGCUCCCGGACGGGGCGGUUGCGCCAGACCUGGCGUCGACCACGACCACCGAGAGAGAGGGCCCCGGCACUGCUAGCGAGGCAGCCGCGUCAAUCAACGACGAGUGCGAAGGACCCAGCCAUGAUCAGUCUCAGCAUGGUGCCGCGGCUCCUCUCGAUGGUGAAGAGCGGCCGGAGAAUAACUCGAACGGCGAAAGCGAGCCGGAAGGCCGCACUCCCGUGGACGGCGAAGCGUCCCAAGCAGAGUCGUCCCAGCCACCAAUCACAGACGAACAAGCCUCGACAAGUGCGGCGGUCGAACAAGACGCCGUCAGUACAGCGGACGCCGAGACUGCGCAUCAGACAUCGCCGUCAGAUCCGCAGCUUCAGAGCCGGGACGAGCCGGGUGCUGCUCCUGAGCCGCCCGCGGAGUCUUCCAUCGAGCCAGCAAACGAGCUGGCGACAGCAACGGCGGACCUUUCUCUGAACGCAGGAGCAUCUCAUUCGGCGUCGCAGGAGGCAGAAGUGGCUCUAGCGCAGGAACCGUCACCAUCCCCGCCAACGGAAGCGACGAGUCAGGCAGAGGCAGAGCCGCAGCCGCCGGAGGCGGCACCGCCGUCUUCCUCUCAGCGAUAUCGGCCGACGCACAUCCGAGUCGAUUCUGUGCCGCCGAAGCGAUACGACAUCGAGGAGACGGUCGACUCUGAGGGCCCCUCGAAGCGUGGCGCACUGGCCCGACUUGGCUCCACGAUCGAGGAAGACGAGGACGGCUCGACGCAGGAGGCGGAGCAAUUCCAGCGGUACGCCGACGAGCACCUCUUCUACGGCGCCGGACACGCCAUGGACCGGAUCGCCUCGCACAUGAGCGGCGUCAGCGAGGUCAGCAGGUCCGGCCAGAGUUUUGUCGACAUCCAUCUCGAGCCCGCCGGCGACCUCGGCAGCUCGAUGGCGGUGCCCGGCUCGCCGUUCGCCACCACGUUCGAGGGCAAGAGCUCAGAGCAGAUCCGGAGCGACAGCCUGUCAAGUGCGACGAUCCGCGCGUCGCAGGACGUACCGGACCGCUUCGCCGUCGAGCCGGGCCUGGCGGAUCCCUCGCUUCUGCGGCGUGCGUCUCUUGUCUCUGACACGCCUCCCCGCAGCCCGAUCCUGGACAAGCCGUUGCCCGGCAAGCCCGCCGAAGGCAGGUACCGCGGACGAAAGAGCACCGCGUCGAGCCGUGCAGCCAGCCCGGAACCGCAAGGGUCAGCGGGCCGGUCUCGCUCCGCUUCUCGAUCCCGGCUUCCGCCCAACUUCCCGCAGGAUGGCGACGGCAGCGGCGGCGCCGCCGCCGGAACGCCGCCACGAAGCGACCACCGAAAGUCUGCCUCGGUAUCCUCGACGGGCUCGUCGAGCAGCGCAGUCAUCGCCGGCAGAACCGAUCGCAUGACGACCAAAGAGCUUCCCAGCAUCGUCACUGAAAACCUCCGGGCGGCCGCCAGCGGCAUCACCGUCAUCGUCGACGAGAGCGACGCCGGCAACGGCGGCAAGGAUGCCGACACGGCCGAGCAGACCGUAUCGCCCACGGCCGCUGCGGCCGACGAGCGGGUCACGCCCACUGCGAGUGGCGGCGCGGCGGAUCCGGUGCGCUCGGCGACGUUCAAGAUGGCGGCGGGUCUGGACGAGGAGUGCCGGGCUGAGCGGCCGACAUCGGUGAACCGAGCGCCUUCGAAUGGAGCGUCUGCCCCCGCAGCCAACGGCACGCCGUCGCUCCCUGCUCGCAGCACUUCGAUCCAAGGCUCCUUGUCCCCUCCAAACGAUGGCGCUGCUGCCGGCGCCGGCGCGGCGACACUCUCGCCGGGCCUCUCGGACAAGGCCGACGUGCCCCAGGAUAAGCAGUCGCGGCGCCGCCGUUCAUCUGCCGCCAACGCCGAGCCGAUCGAGUCGCGCACGCGGAUGACGACGCUGCCGCCCAAGCAAAAGUCCGAGGAGAUCAAGCACCGCGUCGACUUUGAAAAGAUGAUGAUGAUGCACAAGGAGCUCGAGCGAAAGCGGAACGAGGAGCUCGAGGAGAGGCGCAGGAAAAAGGAAGAGGAGCGCCGGGCGUCGCUGGUGCGCUGGGAAAAGGAGAUCCUGCCGAGCUGGACCCGGGCCCGCAAGGACGACGAGCUCCGAGCGCUGUGGUGGCGCGGGGCGCCGCCCAGCCUGCGCGGCCGGGUGUGGGCACUGGCCAUCGGCAACGCCAUGAUGUUGCCUCGGAACCUUCUCGAGCAGGCCGAGAAGCGGAUCGCGCCCCUCGGGCAGGCCGGCGGCGAGCGCAGGGCGAUCCCUGCGGCCGUAAUGGACGAGAUCGAGGCCGAGAUCGCUGACACGCUGCCCAGCCUCAAGCUGUUCCAGAAGGCGACGGGCCCGCUCUACGACGACCUCGUCCGCAUCUGCCGUGCAUUCGUGCUGAUCCGCAUGGAGCAGGUCGACGAGAUGACGGCGGCGGGCAACGCGGACCGCUCCGCCGCCAGGAUGCGCCACAGCCCGGACAUGACGAGGAGCCCCGAGGUCGGCAGCGGCAGCGGCAGCGGCAGCGAUGCUGGCAGCGCGGGCCAGGGGGCAGCGGCGACGGCGGUCGAGGAGCAGGACGAGUAUGCGCAGCGCGGCAUCCAGCUGUACCAGCGCGGCCUCUCGACGCUGGCCGCCAUCCUGCUCAUCAACCUGCCCGCCACGACGGCCUUCAUCUGCCUGCUCAACCUCAUCAACUCCAAGGCGUGGCUCAAGGCGCUCUACUCGCUGUCGCCCACCCACCCGACGCCGGGCCCGUCGGCGGCCUCGGCAGACCCGAGCCCAAAGGAAAAGGGGAUACGCGGCUUCGAGCGCGUCUUUGAGACGCUGCUGGCCGACCAGAUGCCAAAGGUGUAUGCCAACCUGCUGGCGCAGAGCGUCAACAUCCACGGCGAGUGCGUCAGGGAGUGGGUGACGCAGCUGUGGGGCGCGUGGCUCGACUGCGACACCGUCAUGCGGCUGUGGGACGUGGUCUUGCUGGACGAGACCGACUCGCUCAUCUACCGCAUCUCGCUGGCGCUGGUGCAGACGCUCGAGGCGCGGCUCUACAUUCCGGACCGCGAGGAGCUGUCGAGCGUGCUGCGGGGCACCAACCGCGCCGCGCUCGCCAUCUGGCGGCGGGACAAGGAGCUCUCUGGCGAGCUGCCGCUGCAACUCGACCGCAGCCCGCCGAUGCCGUCUACAUCGCUGUCGCUCUCGCGAUCGUCGUCUUCGUCGUCGUCGUCGGUGGCGCUCGACAAGCAGAGCAGCGGCGAUGUCUCGUCCCCGGACCCGUCCGAGGCGACAUCGACGUCCCUCGCCGCGCCGAGCAACGGGUCGCCCCAGAGCAGGAGCAGGUCGACGGCGGCGGCGAGGAGGAGAUCGUCGGCCGCCGCCGCUGUCGGCGAGAUCGCGCCGAGGGACUUCAUCUACGAGCAGUACGGGAUACGCGAGGAGACCAUCUUUGCGGUGCUCGAGGGCCAGACGUGGUGGAAGGAGAGCACGCUCAGUCGGCUGCUCGAUCGCGAGCUCGGCGAUUGA